UUUCGUUUUGCUUCGAAGAGAGACUGAGGGAGGUGAACCCAGAAAAACCAUUGCGAAGAGGAAGGAGGUGGCGAGGCCGAGGAGGGUUGCGUUGAUCCUCGUUCUUGUUCUUUGGCUUUCCGGGUUUAGUUGUAGUGUUGUUCCUGGUUGAACCCAGAAAAACCAUCGCGAACCCAGAGACGUCCGUCACUCUUUUCCGACCUCUUUUCCGAAACUGACCCAUCUCCUAAAAAGGGUUUUAGAAUUGAGAAGCGGAAGAAGGUAGCUCCAUGGAGGACAUUGAGGAUUUGUUCAUCGACGCCGGAGCUCCUCCCGGUUUUCGUUUGCCAAUAACAUCCAUCGCACUCAAUCCAAAGAAGAAUAAGAAAAAGCUCAAUCUCAAUGGCCACAGCUUUUCUCAGUCUCAAAUCAAACCCCCUAAAGUCCCCGGCACUGAGACUAUAUAUAUCAAGACAUUUGGAUGUUCCCACAACCAGAGUGACAGCGAAUAUAUGGCUGGUCAACUUUCAGCUUUUGGUUAUUCAUUAAGUGACAAUCCUGAGGAUGCAGACCUGUGGCUCAUUAAUACAUGCACAGUCAAAUCUCCAAGCCAAUCUGCCAUGGACACCUUAAUAUCAAAAGGCAAAGGUGCAAAAAAGCCUCUGGUGGUAGCUGGCUGUGUGCCUCAAGGAAGUCGAGAUAUAAAGGAGCUGGAUGGUGUUAGUAUAGUAGGAGUCCAGCAAAUAGACCGCGUGGUUGAAAUUGUAGAAGAAACUUUGAAAGGUCACGAGGUGCGGCUUUUAAGCCGUAAGACGUUGCCAGCACUGGACCUCCCGAAGGUGAGGAAAAACAAGUUUGUUGAGAUCCUUCCCAUUAAUGUUGGUUGUUUAGGUGCUUGCACGUACUGCAAGACAAAGCAUGCCCGUGGUCAUUUAGGAAGUUACACUGUAGAUGGACUUGUGGGACGUGUAAAAUCUGUGAUAGCUGAUGGAGUCAAGGAAAUAUGGUUGAGCAGUGAAGAUACUGGAGCAUAUGGUCGUGACAUUGGGGUCAAUCUACCUAUUUUAUUGAAUGCAAUCGUCAAGGAGCUUCCUUCUGAUGGAAGCACAAUGCUUCGAAUUGGAAUGACGAAUCCUCCUUUCAUUCUAGAGCACCUGAAAGAAAUUGCAGAGGUGUUGAGGCAUCCAUGUGUAUACUCGUUUCUUCAUGUGCCAAUCCAAUCUGGAAGUGAUGCUGUCUUAACUGCAAUGAAUCGAGAAUAUACUGUGAGUGAGUUCAAGACUGUUGUAGAUACCCUAACUGAGCUUGUGCCAGGGAUGCAGAUUGCAACAGAUAUAAUUUGUGGAUUUCCUGGUGAAACGGAUGAGGAUUUUGCUCAAACUCGUGAUCUUAUUAAGGAGUACAAGUUUCCUCAGGUUCAUAUUUCACAGUUUUAUCCUCGACCUGGAACACCUGCUGCAAGGAUGAAAAAGGUCCCCAGUACUGUAGUGAAGAAUAGGAGUCGUGAAUUAACUUCUGUUUUUGAAGCUUUCACGCCAUAUGUUGGAAUGGAGGGCAGGGCGGAAAGGAUUUGGAUAACAGAAUUUGCCACUGAUGGUAUUCACUUGGUUGGUCAUACCAAGGGAUAUGUACAGGUGCUUGUAGCUGGUCCAGAAAGUAUGCUGGGGACUUCAGCUAUUGCGAAGAUAACUUCAGUUGGAAGGUGGUCAGUAUUUGGAGAAGUGAUUGAGAUUAUCCCUGAAAUGAAUGCAAGGCAGCGCCAGGAGAAUAGCUUCUCCUGCUCAAACAAUUUUGAGACCUGUGCUUGUUCACCAGAGCCUGAAACUUGUGCUUGCGGGCCAGGAAGCUGUGGAGAACAGGGUAAAUCAACAAACUGUUCUGUAACAACUACUGGUGUUCCGCGGGAAGAUCAGGACAUAAAUCUCAUUGGAUGGUUGCUACGGAAGCGAAAGAAUCAAGUUCGGAAGUUCGAGGAGAACGAUAUUGACUUGGGAUCUAAGGAAAAGCAAGAACAAGCCCAAGAAAGCAUUGGUAAUUGGGGUAUUGUGGAUAAGGCACUUGUAGGUGGGAUGCUUGCGAGCUUCCUGACUAUUGUAGCUGUACUAGUACAUCUUGGGAUUAUAAUUAUUUCAUCGAAGUAAAGUAAUUUUAGCUGUAUUAAUCCAAUUUUCGUAAUGCUCAAGUGGAAACUAUUUGUUUGCUUCAGAAAAGAAUUGGUAUGAUUGUAACGUUAUAUUUUGUUUGCAUUCAGGUUUUGAAUCAUGACAGCUAUACAAGUAAAAUCAUGCUAUUUGUUUCAGUGCGUUUCCUCAUU